AUGCGCAAACAUAUGGCAGCCACAUGCUCACCACGUUCAGCGAUUAAACCAGCAUGUUACUUUGAGACACAUGGCGAUGCCUGUAUAGUUUACUGCACGGGCACCACCAUGAUCAAUUUGAUCGACAUUUUCCUGGACCUGAGCCACAAACUCGGGAAUCAAUCAAAACACUUCCCGCAACUCGAGGUCUAUAAUCAGGCCAUCACUGAACUGCCCGCCGGUGUGUUUGCCGACAUUCAGUUUGACACAAUACAUGUGGACAACGCCCGUAGUCUACGACACAUACAUAAGGACGCGUUCUAUGGGCCCACACGUGACACAAUAACAUCAGUACAGAUAAGUCAUACGCUUAUUAGCGACGCUAAAGGAUAGUAUGACUUGUUUGCUGCCAUAUGAAC